AUGUCACUCUAUACCGGUUCGGAAAAUGGCAGUUUUAGCAGUAUAAGUUCAACAAGAACAAGGACAAGUUCUGUCACUACUGCUAGUGAUGCGACUCCAGAACGAAUGUCAGAUUGUAUAUUUUAUCGAAACCUUUGGUGGGAUAAGGGAGAAUUUAGCGAAGGGGCAAAGUGGGAAGAAGUAACAUUACCUUAUGUGCUUGCUACGGGCAUCGCCAUUGAGGAAUAUGAAAAACGUACAGAAGAGUUUAAAAUUCACGGAUGUUGGGAGUGGUCAGACGGAAAAGUCUUAAUCUACGAGUUUCCUUCUAUGCCACACGAAGUUGGUAUCGGUGCAGUUACUAGGAUAUUAUUGCACCAAUGCGAUGCCGUUGCUUUUACCAAUGCUGAGAUUUAUAGUUUUGGUGCUACUAGAACAUGUGACAGAACCCGUGGAAAAGAAGCCGAUGCUUCGUUUCGUCCAAAAAAACCGGCUGUAACUGCACCAAAUGGGUGCGAUAGAAGUAAUCAUCCUUGGCCAAAUUUGGUUGUGGAAGUAGCCUAUAGUGAGACAUUAGAUCACGUCGAAGAAGCUUUGAGAUAUUGGUUAAGUCCUGAUCGUGCCCACGAUUGUAUUAUUGUAAAAAUCGAUCCAGUUCCUCAAGGCCAAGUACCGGUUCGUAUGAGGGCUUGGCAUUACUGUUUCUUAGCAGGUAGAGGAACGAGAAAUACAGUUCCUCUUGUAAAUACG